AUGAUAGGAGAUGCAUUGGGUUUAGUUGAAACGAGAGGCUUGGUUGGGAGUAUUGAAGCUGCCGAUGCAAUGGUGAAAGCGGCGAAUGUCCAACUUAUCGGUUACGAGCAAGUCGGCGGUGGUUAUGUGACCGUCAUGGUUCGUGGCGAUGUCGGUGCGGUGAAAGCCGCAACGGAUGUCGGUGCUGAAGCAGCUGCACGCGUCGGAGAAGUUGUUUCUGUUCACGUAAUUCCACGUCCACAUGCUGAAGUCGAAACUAUUUUAAAGAAAGCGUAA